GAGCCCCAAGCCUCUGAGGCGGGGCGGGCGGGGAGCGGCAGCGCCGGCGGGGCCGGGAGGGGGCGAGGCGAGAGGCACCCCCCGGUCGCCUCCUCGCAGGGAUCCCGUGAGGGGGACGCGGGACCCCCGGGGAGAGGCCGCAGGUUUUCGAAAGAGCCAGUUUCCUAGGGCAAGGUGGGGCCAGUCCUCGGGGACCGGGACGCGGCGGGGCGCUGGGACGACGAAGGGCUGCCCCGUCCGCCCGACCCCCGCGCUCAGCGCCGCCCCCGCCCGCAGCGCCGCCGCGGGGCUGUGUCCGCCCCGCCCGUUGCAGGCCCGGCCCUGCUGGCGCUCGCCGGCCGGGCGCGAGGCGGAGCUGAGGAGCGCGACGCGUGCCGCGAAGGCGCCGGGAACGUGACGAGGAGGCGGCUGCGAGGCCCGAUGGAUCCCGAGGGCGCGGUGACAGAUCAGAUGCAAACAGAAUCUUUACCUCCAUGUCCCAACACGGUGUCACCGGUGCGGUUAAAUAAUCUGAUCGGUUCUCCAAGGUUCGGAACAGUUACUCCAAAUCGUGUCUUUGUGGGAGGAAUUGAUUUUAAGACGAAUGAAAAUGACCUGAAGACAUUUUUUGCUCAGUAUGGCAGUGUGAGAGAAGUGAAGAUAAUAAAUGACAGAGCUGGAGUAUCAAAGGGGUAUGGCUUCGUCACUUUUGAAACCCAGGAAGAGGCACAGAAGAUUUUACAAGAUGCUAAAAAACUCAAUUAUAAGGAUAAGAAAUUGAAUAUUGGUCCAGCAAUACGAAAACAACAACUACGAAGUCCUAAUGCUCGUUCUGCUGUAACACCCCAAGCUGGUACAAUGUACACAACUACUGCUGUAUCACCAGAAGCUGGUACAAUGUACUUGACUACUUCGAGUGGAUAUCCAUAUGUUUACCAUAAUGGAGUGGCUUAUUUUCAUACAUCUGAGGUUUCUCCUGUUCAGCAGCCGUGGCCAUCGCGCUCAGUUUCCAGUUCCCCUGUGAUGGUGGCGCCUCCAGUUUAUCAGUCUCCUACGUAUCAUUAUCAGGCACCAACACAGUGUUUUUCGAGUCAGUGGCAAUGGUCUGUUCUACAGUCUCCUACCUCUUCACCUCCACUCUUAUAUCUGCAACCAUCUGAAGUCUUUUAUCAGCCAAUAGGAAUUACCCAGGAAGGUGGAUGUAUAUCUCCACCUCUGCUAAUGGAAGCUGCAGUUCCUGAGCUGUAUUCUGAUCAUGGAGUUCAAACACUACAUCACCAGCCUUAUGCCCAGAGUCACAUAGCCAUGCCUGCAGCUUCCUUCCUGUGUGGCUGAGAUCCAUCAUCAACAUACCAGCUAGCAGCUGCGAGUUGUGGAAAACUUGGGGAAUUGAAGUCACGUUCUGUGAGAAGAAGUUUUUCACAUUCUUCGUCUGUGAGUCUGAAACCUCAGUGUGCAUGAAGUCAUCAUUUUCAUCCUAGCAAAGAUCACAGAAUGGAAGAGUGCAUUCUUACACUAUUUUCUACAGAUGCUGUAAAACACUCUUUUUAGCCACGUACUGUGCUAACAUACCUAUCACAUGGAGGGAAUGUUCUUCCUGACUGGUUACAUUUGCCUGCAAGUGCCUCAGUUAAUAUACUGCUCUUUUUUGUCAAGUCACAGAAUGAAAUUUUGUGAGUUGGUCAGGUAAAAACACAUGAAAUAAGAACUUUACUCUGCACUUCCAUUCUUAAUAUAAAUCCUGUUACAGGACAAAAUGGUGAUUUCUGAUACACAGCCUACUGUAUAAACUCCAGUUACUACCAUAGAUGGAAAGCCAGCGUACUUCUGCUAAAGGGAAAAUUUCACCUUUAAUUUAUGGGUUACAUAAACUUUAAAGAUACACUAGUUACAAAGUAAAAGCCAUUCUGCCACAUCCUGACAGCAUUUUUGCGCUGUGGAUUCAAAUCCCUUUAUUUAAAUCUGUGUAUAUUUAAUUUCAAUUCCAAGACAGUUGGUCUAGCUUCAAGUUUUUUGCAAUCAGUAUAUUCUACUUUUAUAAGGUAUUUUACUUAUGUGUCAUUUUAGCGCUUGGGUAUAACUUUUUAAAAUAAAAUUUGGACUAUUCACUUAAUAACUAUUUGUUCUCAUCCUAACAUUUUUCUUGAACAUAGUAAGCCAUACACUUGGUUUUAUGGUAUGUUUUUGACUGUAGAAAAAGGCAAUGCUGCUUGACUGCUUGCAUUACAAGACAGUUGAAAACUUCCCUCUUGCUUCUUUGACCUUUUCUGUUGUCUGUGUGAAAAUUAGGAACUCCCUGGCAAUAUCACAAGUUGAGAUGAAAUACUAUUUUUUCCUCAACUUCAGGGAGAUAAUUUUUUUGUUUCCCCUCUCACCUUUGUAGGAUUCCUUCUAUGUAUUGUAAAAGCCAAAUUCCUCAAAGGUUGAAAAUACAGCUGCUGUAGUUAAUAGGAGUGCAAGCUAUGGCUUAUUGCUUCUGUAGGACUGAGGUCUUUAUGUAUGUAAAAUAUCCUUGAACUGUUCAGGUUUUUUAUCUGAUUGAUAGUAAUUUGAGGGUUUUCUUUUCAGGUAGCUUUGUUUUGUUUGUAUUUUUUUCCCUUUAAUCAUUCAGGGAUAUUACCAAGUGAGCAAAGUAGUCAGUAAAUAAUCCAUGUGUAAUAUGUAAAUCUGUUUAAAGAUGGUUCUUGUGAUCAGUUGGAGUCUGUUCUGGUUUUAAACUGCUUUGAAAUUGUUGUAAAAGAGAGUCCAUGUACUGUGUCUUGGUCGCGAGUUUCCUCAAGUGACCUUCCACCUUCUGCUAGGUAGAAAAAUAUACAUAAAUAUAAUUUUAAGAGGUUCUGUUUUAAAAAACUCGUUACCAUAGCAGCAAUGGGGGAUUGUUUUACCAGUAAGUAUCAAAAAAGGUAUACAACUUGUUGGAUACAUGAAGAGCUCAGCCUAUUUUUGAAGGGCAUCAUCAUUGUCACACUUCUGCUCCUGUACCUCUAAACACAUCUGUCCAGUUCUGUUUAAUUUUCAGAUUUUAGAACUCAUUUGUACAAAUAUGUCACAAAAAUCUUGGCUCAUCAAAACAGUAAUUCAUUUCCAUGGAAGAAUUUUUCCGUAGUAAGUAUUUUUUUAAUGAUGCUCUCUCUAAAGGUGCCAAAGAAAGGUUACAUGUUCUGUUGGAGCCUUGUUUCUUGUCAUGAAACACACAUUUGAUCCAGGAUUCAGAAGAUUUAGUCCUUGUUUUUGGAAUCCACAGUUUGUUUACCAAACAAGACUUCCUUGUUUUUAAUAAUGCUUUAGAGAUACAAGCAGUAAAUUUUACAGUGACUAGUAACUUAAAAAAAUAAGUGCCUAGAGGGAAGUCUCUUGAACUAAUUGCUUGGAAGUGUACAAAUACUGUGCAGUCACUUAAGUCAUCAGAUUGUGGCUCUAUUCUAGAUACUCACAAAAUGUAGUUUAUUUUCCCUUAAUUGGUACAGAUGUUAGAGUGUUGAUAAUGAGUUGAUCUCAUGGCCUUUGCUUCAAAGAUCACUUAAGAGUUUUUUUUUACUUGCAUGUGAACUUGAUCGUUUGUGAGGAUGUUCAGUGUCAGGCACAUGACUGUUCCCUGCAGUGCUCUUCUGGUGGGUCUGUAACAUCAGUCUGGAGGUGCUUUUGGUCAGGAUUGUAUCUCCAGCUCUUAACAGUGCUUCAUUUUGACUUAAGACACCUAGAGGAUACCAAGAUGAAGCUCAGUGUUGGCUUUUCUCUAGGAACUGGAGGUCGCUGUUGAAAUACUGAGGGUUCUUCACUGAUUUUGUAGCUUAUCUUUGCUCUAAGUGCUUGCCGAGAGUGAUGGCCUGACAUCAGCCAGCAGUGACUGAACCUUUCAGGAGUUGAAUCCUUCUGUAGACACAACUGAGAUAUAACUGCCUUACCACUUGUGAAUCCCUGUAAUGGAAUGAUAGAUGCAUUGAGAAAGAACUACAUUUCCUCAGGUUGUUGUUACCUUGAUGUUCUAGCAUUCGUGAUUUUUUUUGUUGUUUUACACUGUACAAUAUUCUCCUGCCAGUUCAGUUAACUAAAUUACAGAAAUGAUGUAGUUAACUGCAGAUGGUCAAGUCAGGAUUUUGGGGGUUGGAGAGAGGGCCACAUUCUCUUUGGCCUUCUGCAGUUUCCCGGUGAUAGUUGUAAGGCUUCACACAUGUGCCAGGAGGGAAUGUACCAGAUGAGGGCUGGGGACAUUCAGUAACAGCAAAUCAUCCUCUUCAUGCAAUGGCUGUCAUAUUCAUGUAUUAGCAGACUAAACUGAUUUUCUGGCUUCUGCCCCUUAGAAUUCAGAGACCUGGUUGCGAUGUUCUGCUUUCUACUGAGCUGGCUGAUACAGUAUUUCUAGUAAACACUCUCUAUUUAAUACUAGGUUUCUAUGACAGAAGGCUAGUUCUGACAUUCUCCACUAGAUAACACUGGAUAAAACCCCUGUGGACAGGCAGGAAGGUACUGAAGUUCCAUCUCCCGUAUUUUUGUGUGUUUAGUUGACGCAUUUUGCGUUAAGUAGAACUCUAGUUCGCUGGCUUUUCUGGUUCCUGCUGCUUCUAAUCUUACACAUCAGAAGUCCAUUUGUUCUACCUGAAAAACUGUUUACACUUUUCAUUUUAAAUUGGCAAUUCUUUGCAUUCUGAAACUGAUUUUUCCAACUAGCUAAUACUGACUCAUUGAGUAAACUGCAUUCCAACAGUAACUGAGCAGAAACUAGCAGAACACAUGGCUCUCUUGAAUUGUUUUUCUCUGUUAACAUAGUUUUAAAAUAUGUAGUUGUAUGGCUGCAAAAUAGCUUUUUUAGGUUUGUGGCUUUUCAAUGUUGAAGGUACUACAGUAGUUUUCAAUUCUUUUGGUAUGGAAGCUUCUUAUGUUUCCUGUUGAAAUAGAAAAUUCAUAGCUUAAAGCAGUAUUUUAAGUGUACAAAGUAUAAUGCAGUGUGUGCAGUCCUGUACACAAAUCCAUAUAUAGCUGUUAUACAGAAAAUCUAAAUCUAGACCAUCGAGUUUCAUUCUGGAAUACAUGGGUUUAGUUGAUGGUGAACAUGUGGCUGUGUUGUUUGAUACUGUAUUGCAGAUACAGAGGGUAUACUUAUUGAAGCCUUGAUAAGUGAGUCUGUGGAUGCACAUAAAUAAAAGCUUGGUAAACUUGCAGAUCUCAUUUUAGAGAACUGUUAGCAAUUUUAGAAAUUAAAAGCUCUUUCUAUUGCAACUGCUUGUAGUACAGCAAUAAGUUUCUACAGUUUUGAAUUUCUAGUAAAGUUCUGAGUUGGUAGCUAAAAGUUUAGUUCCAACUGGUCUGUAUGUACUGUUUGGAUUGUAACUUUUGUUUGUCGCAUUGGUGAGUAGUUAAAUAUGGAUUUAGAAAAAUAAGAAAAAUGGAAUUAAACUUUGAUCAUUAAACUAUAUUUUAAUGACUGCAAAAGCAAA